UUUUCAUUCUUUUUUUAUUUUAUUUCGGUAACAUGUUCAGUGAAAUGCCAAGGCAAUUUCUGGGAAGAAAAGGGGUAGUCUUUGUCAAAUUGGAAGCGAUUGGUUCGUUAGGUGCUCAUCAUUUACACUGUUGCAUCUAAAGUAGAAUUGAAAUCUAGAAUCAAAGCUGACUUACUUGUUCAGCAAAUCAUGGGCAACUGCAUCCAGAUCCAAGUACCCUGUGAGUCCCUUUACUCACCUUGCCAAAAUUAUCUUGGUGGAAAAGCAGGGUAUGUGUGGAAACUAGAAGAAAAUCUUCGCGCCUUGCAGAAUGCAUUGGACAGGUUAAUUGAAGAAAAGAACGAUGUGGAGAGGAGAGUUGACCUUGCCGAGCAACAACCCCAGAUGCGGAGGCUGGAUCAAGUAGAUGGUUGGCUCACAAGGGUGCAAGCUGUGCAAAAUGAAGUUGUCAAAUUGAUUGGGAAUAAAUCUGAAGAAAUUGACAAGUUAUGUCUUUGUGGCUUUUGUUCUAAGAGCUGCAAGUCAAGUUACAGGUUCGGGAAAUUAGUGGCUCAAAAUCUUGCUGUUGUUGAAGAAUUAAUGCAGGAGGGGAGGUUCGAAGAGGUAGCUGAAAGAGACCCAGAUGAUCCAGUGGAUGAAAAGCCUAAUGAGCCUAUUAUAGUGGGACAACAGUCCAUCCUUGAUAAGGUUUGGAAAUGUCUCAUGGAGGAAAAAGAUGCAGGAGUUAUUGGGCUCUAUGGUAUGGGCGGUGUUGGUAAAACAACACUAUUAACCCAAAUCAACAAUAUGUUCCUUGAUAGUGACAGUGAUUUCGAUCAUGUGAUAUGGGCUGUGGUGUCCAAGGAGCUACAAAUUGAGAGGAUUCAGGAGAAGAUAGGAGACAAGAUAGGCUUGCUAAACGAGUCAUGGAAGACUAAAAGUUCAGAAGAAAAAGCUUCAGACAUCUUCAAGAAUUUGGGUAGGAAAAGAUUUGUAUUACUAUUGGAUGAUAUAUGGGAGCGGGUUGAUUUAAAGCAAGUUGGUGUCCCACUUCCAAACAUUAGAAAUGCAUCCAAGGUUGUCUUUACCACCCGUUUUAUUGAUGUUUGUAGCCAGAUGGAUGUAAACCGAAAAUUUAAGGUAGAGUGCUUGCGACAUGACGAAGCCUGGACUUUGUUUCAAAGUAAGGUAGGAGAAGACACUCUUAACAGUCAUCCUGAAAUUCCUGAACUCGCUGAAAUUCUAAUUGAAGAAUGUGAUGGCUUGCCAUUAGCUCUCAUUACCAUAGGCCGGGCUAUGGCACCUAAGAAGACACCUGAAGAGUGGAAAUUUGCAAUUGAGGUCUUGAGGGAAUCAUCUUUUAAGUUUCCGGGUAUGCAAGAUAAUGUGUAUAGACUUUUAAAGUUUAGUUAUGAUAGUUUAGCUAAUGAGACAAUUAGAUCUUGUCUCUUAUAUUCAAGUUUAUUUCCUGAGGAUUAUAGAAUUUCUAAAAGAGACCUAAUUGAUCAAUGGGUUGGGGAGGGAUUUUUGGAAGACAAAAGUGGAGUACAAAAUGAAGGAUAUUACAUUAUUGGCAUUCUUCUUGAAGCAUGUUUGUUGGAAGAAGCAGAAGGCAAUUGUAUAAAAAUGCAUGAUGUUAUUCGUGACAUGGCUCUGUGGAUAGCAAGAGAUAUUGAGAAGGAGAAGGAAGGUUAUUUUGUUUGUGCAGGUGCAGGCUUGACCGAAGUACCACAUGUUGAAGAUUGGAACACAGUGAAGAGGUUGUCCAUGAUGGAAAAUCAAAUUGAGGUUCUGUUAGAGAGCCCUACUUGCCCUAAUCUCCUAACUUUAUUUCUUAAUAGUAAUCGGCUAAAGCUGAUUCAUGAUGAUUUCUUCCAAGUUAUGCCGUGUCUCAAAGUUCUUAACCUGUCAGACAACCUCUCCUUAACCAAAUUACCUUCUGAAAUUUCAAAAUUGAGUUCUCUCCAACACCUUGAUCUAUCAAAGACUGCCAUAGAAGAAUUGCCAAAAGAGUUGGAGGUCAUGGUGAGACUUAAAUGUUUGAACUUGGAGCAUACAUCUCGACUUUAUAAAAUUCCGCGACAGUUGAUUUCUAAGUUCUUAAUGUUGAAUGUGUUAAGAAUGUUGGAUUGUGGUUCUUCAAGUGAAGUCCCAGAAGAGAGUGUUCUAUUCAACAAUAGUGAGCUUUUGAUAGAUGAAUUGAUUUGUUUGAAAUCCUUAAAUUUGUUGAACAUCAGUUUAAAAAGUUCAGAAGUUCUACAAAAGUUUUUGAGCUCUCAAAGAUUGCUAAACUCAGCACAAUCUCUAUGCCUUCAAUUCCUUGGUCGUUCAAAGUCGCUCAAAGUUUUGUCAACAGAUAUGAAGUAUCUUGACAAAUUGAAAAUCAUGGAUUGUAAAUAUUUGGAAGAACUGAAGAUUGAUUGUGUAAGAAGAGUACAGAGAACAAGAAGACCUUUCGGAUUUGAAAGCCUUCAUGUGGUUGAAAUAAGCUCCUGCUCAAGAUUGAAGGACCUAACAUGGUUUAUCCUUGCUCCAAAACUCAACCGUAUUGUAGUGUCACAUUGUGCCGGCCUGGAAGAAAUUAUCAAUGCAAGGAAGUUGGGUGAAUUUCCAGAGAUGACUGGGAAUCUAAUCCCUUUUAGAAUACUGCAAUUCCUGGAACUGCAACAUCUUCCAAAUUUGCAGAGCAUCUAUCGCACUGCAUUGCCCUUGUUGCACCUGAAAGAAAUGUAUGUAUAUGAAUGUCCAAAGCUUAAGAAACUUCCACUUGAUUCCAACAGCACAAAAGAAGGUACAGUCUUGAUCAAAGGACAGAAACAAUGGUGGGACGAGCUGCAAUGGGAAGAUCAAGCCACUCAAAGCGCUUUUCGUCCGUGUUUCAAAAGUUGUUGGUGACAAUUUUUGUUGUUUGGUGUAACUUGUGAGUGUCUUUUUUUACAUAGAGGCAUUUGUCAUUUGUAUUUUUUGGUUGCUUGUUUGUAGCACCUGUCUCUAGCUUUGACGGUUUUAUGUACCAGUUUGAUUAUCCCUGAGGACUGAACCUGGAUUCUUUGUAUCUGGUAUUAGAUUUACUGGUGUGUUUGCUUCUUAAUUGUUUGACAUUACUUUCUUCAUGAAUUUGAUUCAAAUUUUAUCAGUUUCUUUUUUCA